UUGAAGCGGAGGACUUUGGUGGUUUUUUGCUGUUUUUACUAUAUCGUUAUCAUGUCUGGACGUGGCAAGCAGGGCGGCAAGGCUCGCGCUAAGGCGAAGACCCGCUCCUCCCGGGCCGGCCUGCAGUUUCCCGUCGGCCGUGUGCACCGUCUGCUCCGCAAGGGCAACUACUCGGAGCGGGUGGGCGCCGGCGCCCCAGUGUACCUGGCGGCCGUGCUGGAGUACCUGACGGCCGAGAUCCUGGAGCUGGCUGGCAACGCGGCCCGCGACAACAAGAAGACCCGCAUCAUCCCGCGCCACCUGCAGCUGGCCAUCCGCAACGACGAGGAGCUCAACAAGCUCCUGGGACGCGUGACCAUCGCGCAGGGCGGCGUCCUGCCCAACAUCCAAGCGGUGCUGCUGCCCAAGAAGACCGAGAGCCACCACAAGGCCAAGGGAAAGUAAUUUGACAACCAGCCAUCAUAACUUCGGAAACUUCCAAAUCCAAAGGCUCUUUUCAGAG